CAAAUAUACAAUUAAAUAAGUAAAAUAUGACGCUUCCUUAGGGACCUAAUACUGCUUUUGUUUUUAGACAUGUCCGUGAAAGAAAGCCAUGAAAAGGUUGAAAAGAAUGGAGAAUUGUAUUUAGAGAAGGAACUCCUAGCGCCGUACACUCAUAUUAUGAAAGUCCGCGGCAAGGAGCUGCGCAAGAGACUUCCAACCGCCUUUAAUGAAUGGUUCAAACUUCCCGCAGAUAAAGCAGAAUAUAUUAUUGAUGCAGUUCAUAUGCUACAUAAUGGAACUUUAUUAUUCGAUGAUAUUCAAGACAACACAAUGGUUCGCCACGGCCUUCCUGCUGCCCACAUCGUGUAUGGUCUCCCUCUUGCCCUGAACUCGGGAAUUCAUGUGAUCGCCUUAGUUUUGCAAAAUCUUUUAAAGCUGGGUCACCCACAGAUUAGCAUAAUAUUCAGCGAGGAGUUUCUAGAAAUAGUCCGUGGUCAAGGCUCAGAACUGUAUUGGAGAGAUAAUCUUCAUUGUCCCACACAGGAACAAUAUGAACAUGUCCUUAAACAAAAAUCUGGCAACAUGUUCAGACUAGCUAUUCGGCUGAUGCAGCUUUUUAGCGACUACGAACACGACUUAAGUGAUCUAGCCUUAACCCUGGGCAUGUAUUUCCAAUUUAGAGAUGAUUAUUGUAAUUUGGCGAAAGAAGAGGCGGUGGAAGAAUGGCCAGAAGAACCGAGUAAACAGCCUAUGAAAAACCAGGAUAGCUAUUGUGAUGACUUAACCGAGGGAAAGUUUACGUUGCCUAUAAUACACGCUCUGAAGACUUCGGAGGGACACACAAUUCUCAAUAUACUACGGCAGCACACUCGAGAUUACCAGUUGAAAAAAUUCUGCGUCGAUGAAUUAGAAAGAUUAGGAAGCAUGAAGUAUACACGAGAGAGGUUGCAGAAUAUUGAUAAAUACAUAAGAGCGGAGGUAAAGCGUUUGGGCGGUAAUCCGAAGCUUAUAUCUAUACUAGAUGAAAUGUUCGUAAAAUGAAUGAAUAAUAAUCAAUUAAUUCAGAUAUCGGUUCCGGUGUGGAUAGUGGUAAAUAAGCAUUUUAAUAUUAAUUGUAAUGCAUAAUUAUUUAUUUUCAAUUUAGUUUUUUAAUAAAUAGGAAUUU